CUGUAGUUAAAAAGCACAUUGCCUGACAGAGAGGAGGAAGCUGUUGAACAUUUAAUCAUCAGGUUAAGCUGCCAAGAUUUCUGAAAUGAUGCCAACUGCAAGUGAAAACACCCUCUUCGGGAUGGGAAAUCCCUUGCUUGACAUUUCAGCUGUUGUGGACAAAGAUUUCCUUGAUAAGUUCGGACUGAAGCCGAAUGACCAGAUCCUCGCUGAAGACAAACAUAAAGCCUUGUUUGACGAAAUUGUCAAGAGGAGCAAAGUUGAAUACCAUGCCGGCGGUUCAACCCAAAACUCAGUGAAAAUUGCUCAGUGGAUGAUCCAGAAACCCCACAAGGUGGCUACCUUCUUCGGGUGCAUCGGUACCGACCGCUUCGGGGAGAUCCUUAAGAAGAAGGCCGAAGAAGCCCACGUCGACGCACAUUACUACGAGCAAAACGAGGAGCCUACCGGUACCUGUGCAGCCUGUAUCACCGGGGACAAUAGGUCCCUUGUUGCUAACCUGGCAGCGGCAAACUGCUACAAAAAGGAAAAACACCUGGACUUGGACAGCAACUGGGAGCUGGUGGAGAAAGCCAAGGUCUAUUAUAUUGCGGGUUUUUUCCUGACUGUGUCCCCGGAGUCAAUCCUGAAGGUGGCGAAGCACGCUUCAGAUAACAACAAAAUCUUCUGCAUGAACCUCUCAGCACCUUUCAUCAGCCAGUUCUUUAAAGAGCCCUUGAUGAAGGUCAUGCCUUACGUCGACAUCUUGUUUGGCAACGAGACGGUAAGUGAAACGAGACAUGUGUUCAGGCCUCUUGAGGACAGAUAUUCUGUUUGCCAACACAUUGUUUUGAUUGAGAUGGAGACCAUGCCAAAGUCAAAAGAGCUUGGCUUUGAGACAGAUGACAUUGCGGAGAUUGCAAAGAAGACCCAAAACCUCCCCAAGGACAACGCGAAGAGGCAGCGAGUCGUGGUCUUCACCCAGGGCAAGGACGACACUGUUGCAACUGUUGGUGAGAGGGUGACCAUGUUCCCCGUUUUGGACAUCGACCAGAACGAUAUUGUGGACACUAACGGAGCGGGAGACGCCUUUGUGGGAGGAUUCCUCUCUGCGCUGGUCCAAGAGCAUGCGUUGGAGGAGUGCAUCCGGGCCGGACACUACUCCGCCAACGUCAUCAUCAGACGGGUCGGAUGCACCUUCCCAGAGAAGCCAGACUUUCACUGAUGCAUCCAAGCACUGCAUAUUUGUCUUUUCCAAAAGAUACUUGUAUAUGUAUGCUUCAGGAGUUUAUGUACAUUUUUUCUAUUUACAGUAACCAACUGCAUGGGACUAAGUGCUGCAGCUUGAAUAUUUUACUCAAGCUCGAAUAAGCAACUCAGAUGUUUUAAUAUAAUUCAAACACUGUACUAGUAUCAGGUAUUGGAAUGAUAAUGGUUAUGUUUAAAGGAACGUUUUGCUGAAAAUCUAUCUUUUGAGUAUCAAAAACCGAACGCCUGUAGGUCUGAAAGGUGAAAGAAAGUGUUAGAAUCUAUCACCACCACGUGCAGAAACUUGAUCCAUAUGUUCUGUAUGUUUCAAACUACAACAGAGUUCAAACACUCCAGCUCUGUUUCCCACUGAAGCGUUGCUGGAAGUACUGUAUUACAUUAUUUGUUUAAGCAGCGACUGAAGUUUGGUUCCUACUUGGGAAAAUGGAUCAGUGGCGGAGUGCAUUAUCCUGCAGGACAGAUUUGAAAAGUUUCUAUAGACAUGUGGCUCUAAAAAGUUUAUUGUUUGCUCCUCCAUGAAGGACAGCAGCUGUAGUCAGCUUGGAGUUACAAUCAAUUCUAAUGGUGACCCAGAGUCAUGGCCAAAAAAACAUAUUUAAACGUCCGUAGAAACUUCUCAAACCAUUACUGCUGCACAAUCCACUUUUAUUCGCUGUUGAUCCUCAUGCUGACUAUUUUCCAAACAAUUAUCGCUUUGCCAAUAAAUUGCUAAUUACACUACUUCCAUUGGAGCCUCUGAGCUGUGAGCUGGCAGUAGUGAGACACAGAAGUGGUGUAUUUAGUAGUGUAAACUAUGAGUGCCAUCCUUCACAAAGCAGCAAGCUGCAAACUUUUUAGAGCCCUUUUUCAAGCCUACAGGGGGUGAGAGUGUUGUGAUACUUUUCAGCUGAGCGUUCCUUUAAUACUCAGCUGUCGUGCUGCAGACUUUAUGGAUGGGGCGCCGUUACAGGCGGCUUCAAAAGAGACAUUUAUAAUUGGACAAAACUGGAAAGAAUGUUUUUUUUGUUUGUUUUUUUGUUAUUACAUCAAUAAAACAAUCCUAAACUCAUCUUAUACUCCUAUACCAAAACAAAGUCAGCUUCAACACACAAGAUUUGUUAAGUACCCUAAAAAACCAAAAUGCAAUAAUAAUGUUAUAACGCGCAGGGUUUGUGUUAUUUCCUCAUUAUUUAAUCAGCCAGAGGCUCCCUCAUGCUAAUCACUUUUGGACAGCUCAACACCCUCCAUUAUGGUGGGGACUGUUGGGGGGGAGGUGGCGGUGGUGGUGGUAGAGGGGGUGGAGAGCCCAGGACCAGCCUGGUGUCCUGCCGCCGCUCAGUCACCCACACUCAUGCCUGUUGGGUCCUAACUGGACUCUCG